AUGUGCUAUCGUCCGUCCUCCGUAAAGCUAAUAUCAGUCCUCGCGAGCGGUCUCUUCCGAGAGGACAGCGUAGAAGUGGAGCAGGAGACUCCCUGUCCUACUGCGGUGUGGAGCGCCGCGGGGGGGCGGGGCGGCUGGCUCACGGGCGGGGAGGGGGCCGCGUCUUUGACUGCCGUCGCUGUGUGCGUGGCUGCCUUCCCGCCGAGACAGUGCAACAAGCGCGUGAUACGAUACGACGCGACGCGAACAAAAGUAGUCAUUGUAAGUAGUGUCUUAGACGAGAAGUACCUAGACGAGGGUAAUUGCCUCAACCGCUCCACACUGCUCAACAUAGCGGCCUACGUCAGCAUACCAGUGGCGAUCCGGGCGGUGCACCGGGCGCUCAUUCGUGGUUCGCUCGCGAGCCUGCUCGCGAUCAUGCGCGAUUACUUAGCGCUCGCUCGCCGAGCCGCCGCAUGCUUGAAGGAAUACGCGGCGCUGCAUGCUCAGCUUGGGUCAAUAUCGUCCGCCAUCGAGAACACCCGCGCGCUGCUGUGCCGUCAGCAGCGAUCAUUGGCGUUGCUGUUAUCGCGAGCAUCGGCGGCGCUGCUCGGCAACGCGCCUGGCUCAAUAUCGUCCGCCAUCGAGAACACCCGCGCGCUGCUAUGCCGUCAGCAGCGAUCGCUCGCGUUGCUGUUAUCACGAGCGUCGGCGGCGCUGCUCGGCAACGCGCUUGGGUCAAUAUCGUCCGCCAUCGAGAACACCCGCGCGCUGCUGUGCCGUCAGCAGCGAUCAUUGGCGCUGCUUCUAUCACGAGCAUCGGCGGCGCUGCUCGGCAACGCGCCUGGAUCAAUAUCGUCCGCCAUCGAGAACACCCGCGCACUCCUGUGCCGUCAGCAGCGAUCGCUCGCGUUGCUUCUAUCGCGAGCAUCAGCGGCGCUGCUCGGCAACGCGCCGUGGCUCCGAGCGGACGUCGCUUGGGCGGCGGUGGCUGACGACGCCGGCAACGAUUUGAUGAAAAUCCACCACGCGUUCUUAGUAGUCCAAUCUACAUUGCUAAAACACAUCGCUAUGGCUCACUUCAUACCGCCAGUCCACGCUCAGAAGAUAUACAAAAACUUCAACGAAAGAAUCUACUGGAUACACACAGUCCUAUUGAGCCAUUUGUACGAAGAAUUCAAGCAAAACUACGAGGCUCUAGAACGUAUGUACAGGUUGCUAAGAAACUUUGGAAAUAACGACAGAAAUGUCGUUAAAAAACCAGGGGCGGCCAUGUUGGAUAGUUGGGCGUACAGUGACAUACACAAUGGGGUUGCCAGAACGAAUUUAGAGUUGAAAUUUGUGGGGAAUAAGUGUGAAGCUUUAGAUGUGUUUUUAGAUUCGUGUGCAUUGAACAAGCAAGAGUUGGAUUUGACAGUAUUGAAUAAAGAUAUAGAUGAAAUCAUUGAUGAUAUCACUAAAUGUUUGAAUACAAUGCAGAAUUCGCAAAUUAGGCUCAAAAAAUUAAGAAACAAAGUCGAUGGUUCAGAAAAAGAGGUUCGGAUUGAAGAAAAGAGUCCUACUGACGAUGAAAAUGUUAUUAAAAUUGAUGAUAAAUUACCAGAGGUUAAAGAUGAAGUGUUCUACUUCGUCAAAACCGAAGACGAUGAUGUGGCAACACCGGCAGAUGACGUCACAACAGGUCCAGGGAAGAAAGAGAAGGAAACAACGAAGAUUGUCCUGAAAGAGCUGAAAAGAAAGCUGGGGAAAAGAGAGGACGUGAUGAGGGAGAGAGAAAGGCAAGCGUUAGCCAAAACGAUGCCAGAAUUGAAGGAUUUAGUGCCAGAAUUCCCCAGACAAAUAAACUACGAUGAUUAUAUCGUGAAAAAAGGUUACAUAACCAAAAUUAAAAAGGAUCCACCGAAAAAGAAGUUGUUUCGAAGUUAUAGGAUAAGCAAAGGUGAUAAAAAGAAAAAGUACGCGUUUAAAACUAAAAAGUAUCAACGCGAAGAUGAAAUAUCCAAACCUUUUUACGAAGCCAACUCCAAACUGAAUUUAAAGAGCAAACUCAUUUCUCUAACCAAAGAAGAAUGUGGCUAUUGUGUAACGAAAUGGUGUAAAUAUGUACCAGCGUUAGAAAUACAUAAAGAUAAAGAACUUGAUCCAGUUUGUAUGUCAGAAACAAGCGACAUCGAGGCCGGUCCGGCCAUAGACAACAACCAAGUCAACACAAACCAUAGAUUCCAAGUCAGCACUUACAAAUUCUCCAAAAGGGACUUGGAAUUAUCACCUUCAUCAUCAGAGAGUGACUAUGAGUUAUACAAAGAAAAACAGCUGGCGUUACUAAAAGACAUCAGAAGGCAUAGAGCGACAAGAAAGAAGAAUCAUCCAACUAGAAGGUCCAUAGACAAAUCCACAGACAAAGAAGAUGAGAGUCUGAAGCCCAUAGAGUACAGUUUCGGGACAGGAAUGGCGAUGGCGUCAGUUUUGCAGAUAAAUAGUAAAGCGAAAAUACCUAAUUUGUCGCAAGAAGAAGUAUUCAUAGGAAAUGGUGAGGUAUCGACUGACAGCGGAAACGAUGAGGAUGCAUAGA